AAAUGAAAAAGCAAUAGGGCAGGAAAAACUGAUAUUUGUUUCCAUGGUAACCAAAGAUUUUCGAAUGAAGUAACGUGAUUAACAAUUAAAAAGAAAAUAGUCAUGGAUGGGCGACCACCAACUUCUGCUGGCAACAGACCAGGUUCGGGUCUGAGACCAAUGUCUUCUGUUCGACAACCUAGUAAUUUGGCUUUACCUAGUCGUUCUGGCAUUCCUGGAACAGCAAGUCGGUUAAUAACUGCAUCUAGUAAUCGACCUGGAACUCGAAGUGGUUUUGCUCAAGGUGUUGGUGUUUUGUCACAUAUAAAUGUUGUAGACCGCCCAAUGUCUCAGCAAGGUCUUGUCACUCCCAAAACUGGAGUUCGAACACCUCGCAGACAAGUACAAGAUAAGUCCUAUUUCAUGGGAUUACUUCGAAGUAAAGUUAAUGAACUUACUGCAGAAAUUGCACGCCUAACUAAGGAAACAGAUUUGUUGACAAAAGAGCAAUCUACAUACCUCACAUAUGAGAAAAGAGCUGAAGCACAAGCAUUAGAACUGAAAAAUUUGCAGGGACAAUUGGCAGAUUAUAAUUUGCUUGUUGAUAAAUUAAAUACUGAUGCAGAAAUGUCUGAUGUACAACAAGAAUAUAGAGAUUUGAAAGCCCAAAAUGAAAAUGAAACUGUUGUCAUUGACAGUUUAUUUGAACAGAGACAGGAGCGAGAAGCUCAAUUAGCUCAGCUUGAAGCAGAGAUUACACAAGAACGAUAUGUUGCAGAAAACCUGACAUCUACAAUGUCUCCUGAGUUAAGACAGCAAUACAAUGAACUGAAAAAAACAGACAAUAAUCUUCAGAGAGCUCUAGAAAAACUCCAACAAGAUUUGGAUUUGCUUCUGACUCAAAAAAUGUCUUUGGAAGAAGAACUUUCGAUGUCACAGAUUAAACAAGAAGCUUCUAAUCUGUAUAAUAAACUAAGAGAAGUAGAAGAGAAACGAGAUGCUCUCAUAUUAGAAGAAAAAACCAAGGGAACUCCGGCACAAGAACGUGAAAGCCUGGUGCAACAAGUCAAAGAACACAACACUGAAAUUACCAGCAUAGAAAGGCAAUCUUCAGAAAUUCGAGAGCAGAUCAGCCGAAUAAAAACAGAAUUAGAGCAGAUUGACCUUGAAAUUGAAGAUCAUCAAGGAGAAAGAGCAAGUAAAUACAGAGAAUUAAAAAAGAGAGAAGAGACAAUGGAUUCUUUCCUGUUGACAUUUGAUGAAAAUCAAAGCACAGCUUUGGAGAAGAAAAGUCUACUUGAAAGUACCAUUGUUGCAUUACUAGAAAAACUGAGCAGGAAUAUUGGCCAUUUUCAUCACAUACCUACUCCUCAGGAGUUAGCUCUUCUUAAAGAUGAUUUGCAAUUUAAAGAAGGAGAAAUGGAAAAAUCCAGAAUGACUGUAAUGACUUUAAGUAAUGAGCAAAAGAAACUUGCUAUGGAUCUUACUAAGAUCGAACAGUUAGAGACAAAAAUUCAACAAGAAUUAGAAACACUCCAGCAAAAAAUUACAACAAUGGAAAAGGAAAUUGUGGUUUAUUCUGAUCUCGAUUCCUUAAAAACUGCUGCAGAAGAAAAGAGAAAUAAAUUAAUAGAGGAGGAAAAAAUUUUAAGAAGGCAAAAAGAUUGUACAAAACAGGUUGUUGGAGAAUUAAAUGUUGCUUAUGAAACACUGAAGAACAAAUUGAAUGAUAACGAAACUUACACACAACUCUGCAAUCUGGAGCGUCGAUGGCAACAUUUAGAGCAGAAUAAUUUCUCCAUGCAAGAGUUUGUAGCUUCUAAAAGAGCACAAACAGAUUAUUCUAAAAGCAAAAGUUUUGCUAAAGAAACCCUGACCCUCUUGAAUGAGAUGUUGCAGGAACCUCUACUGCAACGAUGAUCAUUUUGUUUGUUGUUCAAUAUUAUUUAUUUUAUUAGGAUAUAUAUGUAAUCGCACAUGCAGCGGCAUUAGUGUUAAUUAGUUUAAGAUUUCAUGCUCCCACUUGCAGUAAUAUUUUAUCAAUAUUAUAUACUUACAUUUUUUUUUAUUGUAAAAUAGUUUUUUUUUUUUAAUUCUUUGAUAAUUUUGGUUGCAUUUAUAAAAAAUGCAUAUACAUCUGUAAAAUACACAUAUAUUAAUAUAAUAAGGAAACAAUUUUAAAAGUCACUUUUGAGCAACAAGAAAUUAUAAUGCUUCAUUUUACCAAAAUUGCUUUGAUAAUCAAUUUUUGCUUAAAUUGAUUCUGUAGUUAAUUUUGCAAAAUGAAGCAUUAGAAUUUUAAGAAGUCUGUUAUGCAACAGAUUGCAGUUGAUUGGUUGGUUUUAAGUAUUUAGAUAUAAUUUUCAACAUUAAAUUUCAAAUCCUCAUAUAAUGGUUGUUGGUUCCCAGUUGCAUUACUACUUUCAUCUGGAAUAUGAAUUACGCAAUUGUAAGAAAUGUUAGAAAGUCUUCAAAGAUUUGAACUGUGAACUGAGAAUAAAAUUCUAGAAAAAAUAAUUGAGGAAAUAGUUACAUGAAAAUGGAAGUUCUAAUGUUACUUAGUAAUAUAAAAUUAAUUUGCAGAAUGAACAUUUAUUUAUCAUUUAAAGCUAAAAGAUGAGUUUAUUAAAAUAAAUUUAGCUCUGCAACGAAUUUGUAUGUAAUAAGAUUUAUCAAAUUUAACACUAUUUCAAAUACUUAUAGACCUUAUUUCCAACUAAUUUAAUGACAUCCCAGUAUAGUGUUGCCUUUAUAUUAAUGGAUAUAUCACUGCAUUUAUGUAUGUAUUUUCAUCUAUUAGCAAAAUUUUUGGGUAGCCAAAAACAAUCCUCUAUGUGGAAGGAACCAUAUGUGAUUAGUUAUGAAAGUAUUAACCUGUUAAUAAGAAUGGCAGCAAUUAAAAAAAAAAUCCUUCCAUUUUAUACAUUUGAUCUAUCGACAGUUGUUUUAUGUUGAGUGCAAUAUAAACAUGACUAUCUGACUAGAGCUAACUAGGUUGUAACUAGAAAAUUGUUAAUACUGACUAAAAGUUUACUAUACUUUAUAUAAUAAAAGUUACUAAAUACUUACUCAUUUUAUUUUAAUAUUGUACAGAAAAAGCUAAUUUAGUUAUAAUUUUAAAUAAGUAAGAAUCUAUGUAUAAAAUAUUAAUAUAUGUGCACAGAAAUCGAUUUUAUUAUUGUUCAGUGGCAACUGUCAAAUGUAAACAAAUCACUACAUGAACAUUUCAGACUGCUUCAUUGAACAUUUUUUAUAACUUCAUUUAGUUCAAUGUUUCAUUAAUUAAUGAAACUGCAAAGUGUUAGUUGAAAUGUUUUGAAUAGAGUUCUCUGGAAACUCUUUUCACUUGGAGAAAUUCAGAUGCAAAAUAAAUAAAUAAAUAAGGGAGUGUCAAGCAAAGGUAAAUCGAAUGCAAAAAUAGGCUUAACUAUUACCAGAUGGAUAAUUGAUAUGAUUUAUCUAUGGAAAUUGAUGACCAUAUGUACCAGAACUAUAAUCUCACAAAAAUAGUUUUUUGCAUAAUCUUAAAAUUAAGAAA